AUGGCGGCUGCGUUUCGCCCCGUCAACACCCCCAUGGCAGCGGACCUCGCCAGGCAGGACAUGAUGGCACCGAGAAGCACGACUCCUCGUCCCAGCACCGCGCCGCAGUCUCAGCAGCUCCAGCCCGCGGGCUCGCCAGACGAUGGAAAGACGCCCACGCGAGCCACCUUCAGCAGCAUCAACAUGGCCAGCAAGAGGCCUCUGCCGCCGAGUUCGUUUCCUCCAGCUCCGCCCGGUCCUGAUCCUCCCGAGGGUGCACUGCAUCACGACGGCCCCCAUCGCUCCAAGUCGCCCAACAGAAGCUCGCUCGACGUCGACAUGGACGAUUCGGAUGGAGAGGGCGGCGCUGUCGAUGACGGCGUCGGCUCCGACGACGAGAGUGUAAAUGCCGACGGCACAAGAUCUAGCAAGAAGAAGAAGUCCCAGCGCUUCUUCUGCACCGACUAUCCGCCCUGUAACCUCAGCUUUACUCGCAGUGAGCAUCUGGCGAGGCACAUAAGGAAACACACCGGAGAGCGGCCUUUCCAGUGCCACUGCUCAAGGCGCUUCUCGAGGCUGGACAACCUAAGGCAGCAUGCCCAGACGGUUCACGUUAACGAAGAUAUUCCGAUCGACUCUCUUGCUGCCACCGGAUCCAGAUUUCAGCGUCAGAUACGGACUGACAGGGUCCGUCAAGCCGGCAACAGAGCGAGGGCGUCUACCGGCGGCAGUGCCGGCGGGCCUGUUCGUGGACAUUCGAAAUCCCUCUCGACUUCGAGCAUCUCCAGCAUCACCUCCGUGGGUUCGGCCUACAGCCCGCAGAGUGAUGCCCGUCGACGACCUGCCCCGCUCGUCAUGGCGGCCGAUCCCCGCUCCAGGAUGUCCAUCGAGUCUUACCGCAGUAGCACGGACAGCACCUUUUCCUAUCGACCCAAGAGCCCCGGUGAAUUCAGCACGCCAACCUCUGCCACCUUCUCGACGGCCCAGAGCAGCCCGCGAUGGAGCGCAAGCGUGGCGUCUCCGGCGACACACUCGCGAUCUCAUAGCAUGUACGUCGCGGGCUCUAGGACGCCCGGUCGUCGCUUGAGCGUUCCUUCAGGCAGCAGCCCCUUCCAGUUUCCCCAGAUCCCUCAGGGUCAACCUGCAGGCCGCUCGCCCGUUGGGCUCCCGUUCAUGAACAGCUCCAACGCUGGUGCCUUUGCGCCUCAAGGCGCGAAUAUUGUUGCGUCACCGACUGCGGCUGCUCCGCCUUCCGGGUUCUCAUCCCGACGAGAGUCGAUUGCGAGCAGCACCGGCGAGGAAGCAUGGCGGCGGCGAACCUGGCACCCAGACAGCCGUAACCAGCUGAACGCUGUCCUCAGCCAGUCCACGCGGAUCAACCCCCCUCCGCCUAUUGCAAAUCCCGCGGGGCCUCCGGCCAAUCUUCGCCUUCCCGGUAUCGAGUCCUUUGAUCCUCUGCCUCGCUCUACUACACCGCCGAGGCGCAAGCCGUCUCCCAUGGCUGUCGACCCUGAACUCGCUCCUCGACCCCCGAUGAUGGAGGCCAUACCGGCUGACGAGAGGCGGAACCUCAACAUGUACGACGUCAGCCUGCAGCGCGGCCUGGGCCGUCUUGACAUAGGACCCAAGACCCCUCCUCGUGACAGCGCCGGCAUGUGGGCGUCUGAAGCCCACAAGGCGGUCCAAAAUGUCGAUCAGGCACGUCUGAACCCGCCAGUCGUCCGCUUUCAAGAGCAGCCCAGGCCGAGCCACAUGGUCCCGUCUUCAGCUGCCCCAAGUCGAUCCUUCCAUCAGCAUACCAUGUCUGCUCCCACUUUGGCGAGGGAGCCCAGGGGCCACGGCUGGUAUCCGGCUGCUCACGGAGGCGGCCAUCAGUCAUCCCAGGACCCGCGGCACCAACUUGUUGAGCGGAUGGUUCAUCCCAACUUCACUGGCUUUGCUGGAUUCCCAGCACGAGAGCCUCAGGAGCAUCGACAGCAGCAACAACAACAGCCACAUCCUCAUUAUCACCAGCAGCAGCAGCCGCAUCAACAGCAGCUGCAACAGCAGCAGCAGCAGCAACCCCUUCAACAAGAUCGCUCGAAUAAUCCGGAUUCGCUCAAACGACUCGAAGCGCUGGUGGCCGUUGCGACGAGUGAAGGCUCCACUACCACUGCGUACUAA